UACCAAGUUAGCUGCCUACCAAGUGUCUCACUUAGCCUCUCUUCAUCUAGAAUAUAUUAACCAUAAAUCGUUGGUCGAGCAUCCCAUCCCCUCAUAAGUGUCCACAAGCCGCUUUCUAAUAAGGCAUCAUUGUCUACACACAGUCAAGAUGAUCUUGACAGACAUCAUCUCCAUCAUCCUCCGCCUUGCGGAGUUGGUUUUUGGAGCUAUUGUCGCUGGAAUCAACGGGCAGUAUCUCCAUGCCGUCGAGAAUACCGACAGUUGGGACCAGAGCCGUUUUAUCUACACCGAAGUGGUAGCUGGUCUCGCCAUUUUCCUUUCCAUUAUCUGGCUCUUCCCGUUCGCGGGUAGCUUCGUUCACUGGCCUGUCGACCUUCUCAUUUCCAUUUGUUGGUUCGUUGCCUUCGGUCUGCUAGUUAAUUACCUCGAUGGCGGCUGCGGAUACAUCUUCGACUGGGAUAAUGUUUCCAUCCGCCGCGGUGAUCAGUGCGGAAGAUGGAAAGCUAUCAUUGCAUUCUCCUUCUUGUCUGCUAUUUGCUGGCUCGUCUCAGCAAUCGUCGGCAUCGUCUGGGUCCGAGAUCACGAGGCUCGAACUUACCGCCGACGAAGAUGGCGCGGUUCCCGUGUCUAAGAUAUACACGAAAUAAAGUCGGCGCUCUAUAAAAAAUCUCGUACUCUAUAACACACAUUGCGUUUCCGAUUCGAGAGACAUUACACCGAGUCCUUUUCCAGUCACCCUGGGGCAUGGUUCAGUAACGACAACCCUUGAUUUUCAGCUGAAUUAAUGAUGUUAUGAGAAUGAGGCAUCUGGUUAGCGUUAUCGGAUGUAUUUAGGAUACUGCUUGUGGUUGAUUUUCGAUGAUAUUAAGCUGGAGUCGGCAAUAGCAUCAUAGCACCAUGAGAGAUACCCAUGUUAGUAAUGAAACAGUCUUAAUAUUUAUUAUUAAAAUUCCCAUACGACUGGAUGCGAAGUCUCUCCUAGGUUGGUGGGGUAAAUGAUACCUCGUCCUUGUAAAUAGCAACCGUCUACAU